GCCUGUCCGCAGAAGGAGCCGGUGCCCGGACUGAGCUGUCGCCUGCCUCCUGAAUCGGGGACCCCUCCAUCGCGCCUUCCCUGACAGCCCCGACCUCCAGCUCCCCUCGGCCCCAGCCAGGCUGCCAGUGAGCCUAGGGCACCUUCUCCUAAAAUCUUACAAAUCUCGGCAGCGACUAUGCGCGGUGUUUGGAGGAGAUGAGUAUUUUGAAAGAAACCCUUAUUUUUACACUGCGCCUCUUCUUUCCCCCUCUCCUUUGCCCCGUUUAAAGAACUUGUUAUUGUUUAAAGAGACCCCAUUGAACUAUUUCCUGCUCAUUGUCACCUCUCUCCCCCUCGCCCUCUAUCCAGGGAUUCUCACGGCAAGGUAAUAAACUGUUUCCCUCACACCACAGACCGCCACAGCCCCGGAGAAUGCAAACGAUUAAACCACCGGCGGGCGGGGAGGGGUUCCAAGUGAGCCCUUCUAUCCCGCACCCCACUGCUGUUUUCUCUCCAAACAACUUGCAAAGUUCCACCAGCGGGGCUCGGGCUCCACUCCUGCCGCAGAAAUUCGCGGGCAGGGGGGUUCCUUGUUGUAGGAACCGGAGCCUUCAGCUGCCAGUCUUUUAGCAGAGUGGUUUCUCUGAGGCGGGGGGCUCACAGCCGCCGUGGCCGAGCCCCCUCGGGUGGAAAGGCACUGCCUGCGGUAGGAGACAGAACAGGCUCCGGUACUGGCUGGAGGCUGGGGACACGGUGGCGGGGCGUGUGUGCACAUGUGUGUGUACCCUGACUGUGCCAGGCUCAGUUCACCCAUUCCGCAGAGCUUUUUGGUUGCGUUUCCCAGCCGGGGUUGUAGUCGCUAACUGCAACCUUCUUUUAAGCAGAAGCUCCGGGGCUUGUGACAAGGGAGAGUGUGAAGGGGUGAGAGGCUUGGGGGGGGGGGAGAAGGGGAAGGACUCUUCCCAUUUUCUCCCACAAAUCUGAAUCCGCUGCCACGGUGGCCCCUCGAAGCCAGACCCCGCGGCUGGCUGUGGCGGGCGCCGGUGGUCCCGGCGGUGGAUGCUGCGGGAGGUGCCGCGCACAGGUUAUGGGGCUGUUGCCGGGAUGGGCCAUUUCCUCCGCGGCUGCCGGAGCCCAGGCCCCGGCGGCUUUGAUAGAGGUGCAAACAUUUGGGGGCAGAUUUACAUAAAAUAGCUGCGUUUAAUCCCGCGGGCUGCAAUUAACAUCACAGGCUUCCCCGGGCACCGUUGUGAUAUGGCCGCGGGCAGCCAAUCGCAAAGGUCGGCCGAAGGGAUCAAAGCGGCCGUUCGCCAAUCAGCGGCCCCCCCUCGGCGGCACGGUGAUGUCACUGGGGGGAUGUUUAUGACGGGGUAUAACAGCGGCCCCUUCCCUGCUCCCGCUCGCUGGGGCCGCGGAGGUCAAGUGGAGUCAGCCCCGGCCCCGCCGCUGCUCGGGGCUCAGCCAGGGCGCCUGCCCCGCCGGGCGGGCGGGCGUGGGCCGGGAUGAGCUCCCCCGGGACGGAGGGUGCGGGCAAGGCCCCGCAGUACCGUGUGGAUCACUUGCUGAGCGCCGUGGAGAGCGAGCUGCAGGCGGGCAGCGAGAAGGGCGACCCCACGGAGCGAGAGCUGCGGGUCACGCUGGAGGACAACGACCUGUGGCUGCGCUUCAAGGAGCUCACCAACGAGAUGAUCGUCACCAAGAACGGCAGGAGGAUGUUCCCGGUGCUGAAGGUGAGCGUGUCGGGGCUGGACCCCAACGCCAUGUAUUCCUUCCUGCUGGACUUCGUGGCGGCCGACGGGCACCGCUGGAAGUAUGUGAACGGGGAGUGGGUGCCGGGCGGGAAGCCGGAGCCGCAGGCACCCAGCUGCGUGUACAUCCACCCCGACUCGCCCAACUUCGGCGCGCACUGGAUGAAGGCGCCCGUCUCCUUCAGUAAAGUCAAACUCACCAACAAGCUGAAUGGCGGCGGGCAGAUCAUGUUGAACUCUCUGCACAAGUACGAGCCCAGGAUCCACAUAGUGCGAGUGGGUGGCCCGCAGCGGAUGAUCACCAGCCAUUCCUUCCCAGAGACUCAGUUUAUAGCCGUGACGGCCUACCAGAACGAGGAGAUAACGGCUUUAAAAAUUAAAUACAAUCCAUUUGCAAAGGCAUUUCUUGAUGCAAAGGAAAGAAGUGAUCACAAAGACAUGAUGGAGGAAGUGGGAGACAACCAGCAGUCCGGGUAUUCGCAGUUGGGUAGUUGGCUUAUUCCUGGGACUGGGGCUCUGUGCCCACCUGCCAAUCCUCACCCUCAGUUUGGAGCCCCCCUGUCGCUCUCCCCUGCUCACAGCUGUGAAAGGUACUCAUCGCUGAGGAACCACCGUCCUGCCCCCUACCCCAACCCCUACACCCAUAGAAACAACUCGCCAACAUCCUAUGCCGAUAACUCCUCUGCCUGCCUUUCCGUGCUGCAGUCCCAUGACAACUGGUCUUCUUUAGGAGUUCCCACACACACAACAAUGCUGCCCAUGAGUCACAGCACUGGCACUGCCACCAGCUCCAGUCAGUAUCCAAACCUAUGGUCUGUGAGUAACAGCACCAUCACGCCGGUGUCUCAGUCAAGUGGGAUGUCCAAUGGCCUGAGCUCCCAGUUCCUGCGUGGCUCUCCAGCACACUACACUGCCCUCCCUCACCCAGUCACUGCUGCCUCCUCUGCCUCCCCGCUGUAUGACGGUGGGCCACCCUCCGACCUGCCUGAUAGCCAGUAUGAUGCCUCAGCACAUGCCAGGCUGGCAUCCACGUGGACACCCGUCACCCCCCCUUCCAUGUAAACCCAGGCUUUUUCCUAUAACACAGACUUUUUAGCUACUGAGUUACUUUAAAUGUUUAAUCCUUAAGGAAGAGUAACAGGAAGCAUGAAGAGUAAAUUACAAAGCAUCUGCACUGCUUUGCAUAAAGGAUCUACAUUAUACCUCUUCUAGUGCACAGUACCUCAUUGACUUCAUGUAGAGUUUACAAACCUCGUGAGCGUGCAAUUCUGAGAGCAGAUUCACUGCUUUUAAUCUUUUUAUUGCUUUUUGUUUUGUUUUUAUUUUUAACUUUGAUAGACCUAAGUUUUAAGAUUUUAACUUAGAUUCCAAAUCUCUCAGUGUUCUGAUAACUUCUGGACCUGAAGUUUGGCAUUGUUCUUGAGUAAGUUGCUCCUAACUGUUUUCCAGUUAAAUUUUUGUAAUGGCAAUUUAGCUAUAGUCAUGAGAAGACUUUCAUUGACCUUCUAGUUAGAAGCAUUCUGAAAUAUGCACAAAUGUAGCUGAUGAGUGAAGUUUUUUGGAAAAUCAUGUGCACUAACACGUAUUUGCUUUACAAAUAUGUGGCGUUCUUAACUGUAUGCUUAUUUCCUUGCUGCUGAAUUAACAAGACAAUCUGCAAGAGCUAUAUUCUUACUAAUAAAUGCAGUAUUAAAAUUUGUCCUAAAUUCUUGUACACAGAAGACUACUUUUAGAGAUAAGUUGUGCUGUUUGAUCGCAUAAACUUCAAAUAUAUGAUUUUAGCUAAACAUUUAAUUUCAAACAGCCAGUGUCUAAUUAGGAGCCCUAUCCUAAACCUUUUUGAGCCACUGAAAAAACAUCACUCUUUUUAUGGUCUCUGGCUCAGGCCUUAAGGGAGGGAAUUCAACACCUGGAGAAUCAUUCUAAUUUAUUUUAUUUCAGUGUUGUACCCUGUUGAUCUAUAUUUAUUAUUUGGUAAGUUACAGCUUUAAUUUCUACAUGGUAAGAUAUGUAAAUAAACCCUCAACCUAUGCUGUACUCCUUUAAGACAAUCAUGUGUGGGAUAUGUCACCCAAUGGCACACUGAACAGCACAGAUGUAAGUAGUUAACUUAUUGUAAGAGGAAAAUCUCUAGUUACUAAUAA